AUGGAUUUCAGAAAUUUCACAAUUUUGGUAACACCAGACUUUACAGUUCCAAGUUUUGAAUAUGUUGAAAAUCCUAAAGCAUUAGGAGUUGGUAUUUUAAUUGUUUAUUUCCUUAUUUUAUUUGGUAGUGGUGUUAAUAUUUUCACAAUUGUAUCAGACAAAAGUCUUUACACACCAAUGUACUUCUUCAUUUGUAAUUUAUCAGCUAUUGAUAUUCUUCACACCACUAGUAUUGCUUUGACAAUCUUUUCUGUAUUUUUAGUGGAAAUUAAAACAAUAUCUUAUAGGGCAUGCUUGGUGCAGAUGUUCUUUUACCAUUCUGGUGAUUUGAUGGAAGCCGUAGCUAUUGGAAUUAUGGCCUACGAUCGCUUAGUAGCAAUCUGCAAUCCUUUACGGUACUGUGCCAUUAUUACAAAGAAUCAGAUAAUAAUGUUAAUUGUAUUUUCAUGGCUAUUUUCUUUAUCUCUUACAUGUUAUCUUGCAUUUACUGCUGAAGGGUUACCUGUCUGUAAUCCAGUCUUGAAUUUACCUUUCUGUGACUAUCAGACAUUUAUAAGAGCUUCGUGUGUUAAUGCUGAUCUUUAUCUUGGAAAAUCAGGAAUUAUUGGAUUCACAGUUGUAUUUUCAAGCUUUGCUUUUAUUUUAUUAUCUUAUGCAAUAAUCAUUGUUGUAGUAAUAAAACUUUCCUCAGAGAGCAGGAAACAGAUGUUCAACACCUGCACAAGUCAAGUCAUUGUAAUUUUCUGUUAUUUUAUGCCCAAAAUUAUUGUCAAUUUUGCAUCAAAAUUUGGUGUGGUGCUGACAAUGUCAGAACGUAGCUCAGUUCAUAUUGCAUCCACCUUUGGACCUUCUCUUGUUAAUCCAUUGGUCUACUGCCUGAAAAGAGAAAACAUAAGAAAGAAAGUUGUGAGCUUUUUUAAAAUAUAUAAAACAUCUCCUUGA